AUGGACUCCUGGAACCAGCAGAAGCUGCCCUUCAGCAAGAAGCGCCUAUCCAAGACCGUCAUCGUCUCAUACAUCUUCGACUAUGUUAUUAUCGUAGUCCUCAUCAUCGCCUUCUACGCCCUUGAUUCCGUCGAGCCGCACCACCAGGAGUUCUCGCUGCGGAACUACACCCUGCAAUACAAGUAUGCCGUCAAGGAGCGCAUUCCCGUCUUCGACCUGUGCAUCAUCGCCGUCCUGGCCCCGGCCUUGAUAAUCGCUUUCUACACCCUGGUAAUCGACGGGAUCUUCUCCCACAACAGGGGUCCUGCGGGAUCUUCGGGUAGGCGGAAGCUUCUGGGAAAGUAUCGCAUGAAGGACAGGCUGUGGGAGCUGAACUGCGGCGUUCUGGGCCUGAUGCUUUCUGUCGGCGCUGCCUUCACCAUCACCGGCUCGUUGAAGAAUGCUGUUGGCAAACCGCGACCCGAUUUGAUCGACCGCUGCAAGCCCAACGUCUUCGAAGACCCCCUGCCCUUUGGCCUGUCGAACCACAGCAUCUGCACGCAGACUGACAAUGCCAUUCUCAAGGAUGGCUUCCGCAGCUUCCCCUCGGGCCACAGCAGCACUGCCUUUGGCGGACUAUACUACCUCUCGAUCUACCUCGCUGGCAAGCUCCACGUGCUUGACUCCAAGGGAGAAGUCUGGAAGAGUUUCAUAGUCAUGGUCCCGACGCUUGGCGCCGCCUUGGUUGCAGCUUCACGAAUCAUGGACGCCCGUCACCACCCAUUUGACGUUCUGUCGGGUAGUCUGCUCGGCAUUCUCACUGCCUGGGGGUCCUACCGCCAAUACUUCCCUCCCGUGAGCGAGACUUGGCGCAAGGGCCGCGCCUUCCCGAUCCGUAGCUGGGGAAAGGAGCCUGAAGCGCCGCCCGAGGCCUAUCCGAUCAACCACGAAGGAAGGGAGCCACUGCGGGACCCAUCGCUGAAGACGAUAGACGAAGAGCAGCCGAUGAGGGGCGCUGAUAAUACAGGUGCGACCAGCAUCGAAGAGGGCGAGGCCGGUGCCAACGUUUUCAGGCAGCAGAUUUCGAACUCCCAACGCCAUCGCCAGCUCGCAGCCCAAGCCUACGGAGACGCGCGACCGACCCCAUCUUCAGUAUACACAGCAGAUCUGAACCGAACCCCGACGGCGACAACCUACAACUCCCAGCUCCCCAGCUCGAACCCCUACGCCCCAACCUACGCCGCCCGGCGCCGACGUGGUGAUAACUAUAGCUCGUCGUCGUCGGAAGACGAGGCCGACGAGUUCGAGCUGCAGCGCACCUACACCCUGUCCAACCCCCAGGCCGUGUCGACCAAUCCAACGGCCGCCUACAAUCCGGUCAACGACACGUUUGGCGACACUACCUACCCUGCCCAGACGUCCGGUCCCUUCGCCACGCCGCACGACGAGGCCGACCUGGGAGCCGGGAUGCAUAGGACGUCGCCGCCGCAGGUUCCGCCGCACUCCGCACCCUACGGUUCCGGAAGGGGCGCAGACUACUAG